CGAUGCUACCUCAAUUCAUUAUAGUUCCUCCUCUUCAAAAGAGAGGUCUCCCUCUUUCUUUUUCUCCUCCCUUCCCCCAAAUCUAGGGUUUCCUCUUCUCCGUCCCUGUCUUUCCUCCCGCCGUAGCCGCCGCUGCUCCUGGUGCCCUCCGUCCGACGCCCGGGGGCUUCGGUUCCUGGCGUUUGGUUGAGGAAUCCCUACUCUGCCGUCGGAUCGGUGGGCCUUUGGGCCGCUUGUAGCUAUCAUAGUAGCUAAAUCCAAGAACCGAGUCGGAGAUGUUCUGGCGGAUACCCAAUCUCCUCGGAGAUUCUCCUGUGGAGUUUAUCUUGGAUAAGGAAAGCUUCACCUUGGAAGAGCUUCUUGAUGAAGAGGAAAUAAUUCAAGAAUGCAAAGCUUUAAACACACGCCUUAUAAAUUUCCUUAGAGAUCAUGCUCAGUUAGAACAGUUACUCCAGUAUAUUAUCGAAGAUGCUCCUCAAGAUGCUGACAGCAAACGGGCCUUCAAGUUCCCUUUCAUUGCCUGUGAGAUACUUACUUGUGAAGUUGAUGUCAUACUGAAAAGCUUGGUGGAGGAUGAAGAUCUGAUGAACAAGCUCUUCUCCUUCCUUGAACCAGAUCGUGUACAUAAUUCAACACUAGCUGGUUACUUCAGCAAGGUUGUAGUGUGCCUGAUGUUAAGGAAGACCACUUCACUUAUGACCUAUGUUCAAACUCAUGAUGUCAUUUUUCACCACUUGGUUGAUUUGAUAGGCGUAACAUCGAUCAUGGAGAUCCUGCUUCGACUUGUUGGUGCUGAUGAUCAUACAUAUCCAAACCAUAUGGAUAUCAUGCAGUGGUUGGCAGAUACUAAACUGCUUGAGAUAAUUGUGGAUAAAUUGAGUCCUGCUCAUUCUGCUGAAGUUAAUGCUAAUGCGGCUGAGGUUCUAAUGGCCAUUAUUCGAAAUACUUCAUCAGCUUUAGCAGCUAAGCUUUCUAGCCAAAGCUUUGUUGCGAGGAUAUUUGGGCAUGCACUGGAAAAUUCUUCGUCUAAAUCUGCCCUUGUUCACUCUCUAUCUGUGUGUAUUGCCUUGUUGGAUCCUAAAAGAUCUGCUUCACCUGCUUCAGUCCAUUACGUUAGAAGUCAGCAUCUGUAUGAGUCAUUCAGUCAUGUGGAUCCAGAGACUUUACAUGCUAUGUUGACACAUUUGGAUGACUUGCUUAAACUGUUGAAUGUGUCAUCUGAUGCCAAUACUCUUCCUACCACUUAUGGUGAACUACAUCCUCCAUUUGGGAAGCAUCGACUUAAGGUAGUGGAGUUCAUUGUAGUAUUUCUAGAAGCUGGUGAUGAAGUUGCUGAGAAGGAAUUGAUUCGAUCUGGUGCCAUCCGUAUAAUCCUAGACCACUUCUUUAAGUAUCCCUUCAACAACUCACUACAUCAUCUUGUAGAGAAGUUGGUGAUGUCAUGCCUUGCAAGCAAGAAUAUUGCAAUUGUUGAUCAUUUAUUUUGUGACUGCGGUAUAAUUUCUAAGUUUCUGCAAGCAGAUAGAAAUCCUUUCCUCUCCCGUGAUUCAAAUGUGGAAAGUGUCCCAGCCAUUGGAAGACAGCCAUUCCGGGCUGGAAACAUUGGGCAUAUUACAAGAAUUAGUAACAAACUUGUGCAACUUGCGAGCAGUAAUGACCAUAUUCAGUCUUACCUACAGGAAUCGGAGGAAUGGAUUGAUUGGCAAACAAAUGUUUUGCGUGAACGUAAUGCAGUGGAAAAUGUUUUUCACUGGGCCUGUGGUCGCCCAACAACAUUACAGGAAAGGACAAGAGAUAGUGAUGAAGACGAGCUUCAUGAUAGAGAUUAUGAUAUUAGAGCCUUAGUGAACAAUACAAACCAUGCAUUUCGGUACCAUGUUUAUGAGAAUGAUAAUGUAGAUGAGGCCCAUGUUUCUCUUGACCAAGAUGAUGAGGAUGUAUACAUCGAUCAAGGAUCAUCUGGACUUGUGAUUUCUACUUUGAAGCAUGGUGUCGAUAACCAGAGUCUUUUCACAAAUUGCGACUGGUUUGCUUUCGAAGAUGAAAGUGCCUUGGAAACCCUGGAUAGGAUGGAUGACAUCAAUCUAAAUGAGACGUCCAGUGGUGGUAACAGCAGUGAUGAUGAGGUAGUGGUUGGAGUAGAGGAGCCUACCAAAAUUGUGCUGCCUGAAGACAAGUGUACUGUUUCUGACUCAGAUUUCAAUGCCGACAAUACAAGCACAGCUGAUGAAUCCCUCAAUGAGCUAUCAACAGACGUAAUGAAACUAAAUGUUGCAGAUGUGAAUCCUUUCGAGUUUGAAAUUGCUGAGAAUGUGGACCUUUUUAAUGAUCAACAGCAGCCUGAAUGGGUGGGCUGGCGUGAAGCUUCCGAUAUUCAGGUGGAUGAACCUACUGAUUUUUCAACCCAGUUGAAUUCCGGGGAAACUGCUGCAAGCACAUCGGUUAGUACGAUUGGUGUGCUUGCAGGUAGCAGUGCUUCUACUGUAUCAGAAUCUGGUGAGUUGGCAAAAGUAGACGAGACCACCCAUUGUUCAUUUGAAGAGGACGCAGAGUUUGUUGGUGCAGAUAUUGAAGUAGGCAGAGCCAUGGAAGAUGAGGUUACUGCACCCAAGAGAAACUUCCUUCUCAAGGAUGAAACUGCGAUUUUGGAGUUCAACAAGAGUCAUUGGCGUAUCGAACCUGAGGUAGGUGUAGUUCAGGAAUAGAGAAUUAAAUGUAAGUAGUACAGUUCUUACAGCAGUGGGACGUGUACAGUGGCAUUUAUUCAGAAGUGCAUCUGGCGACAGAUGUACGUGUACUGUCCUAUUAUAAUUUUGUCCGCUGAGAUUUGCCAUGUAGCUUUGCUUCUGUAAUUUGUCUUUUCAAUAAACACUUGAACAGUACUA